AUGCCCCCGAAGGGCAGCGGGGCCGACUAUCGGAUCAGAGUGGAUAAGAAAGAGCGAGCACGUGGAGUGACUUUCCAGGUGCGACUGCUAGCAAGAGAUGGUUCCUCUCUGCACGGGCCGCUGCGGGAGACCACACCCGCGGCUUUGGCGGAUCGGAGGCGGGUCGAGCGCGCCUCGGACGGGCGCGCGGAGCUGCGCCGCUUGCGCACUGAGCACGCGCAGGCGGGGGGCCGACGGGACCUCGCGGCCGCGACGUUUCGCGACGCGUUGGCCUGGCACGAUGACCACGGCCGCUGGCCGCGGCGCUGCACGUCUCGGAAGGGGCCCGAGGCAGUCCUGGCGCAGAGAUGGCACAGGUGGGGGAUGUCGACGAAGCUCACGCCAGCGGCCCAGAGCGCGAAGGCGCGCAUCGACGCGCUGGCGCAGGCCGAGCGGGAAUCGAGGCUGGAGGAUGAGCGCGCCGAGGGCGCAGAGCAGGCACUGCUGAUGCUGCACCAGCACUGGCGCGAGGGGAACGACGUCCACGACGAGGACCGCUGGAGGCAGCCUGCCCUGCAUCGGUCUUCCGGCGGCCAGCGCCCGUACCCGGGCCUCUCGAACCUGCGCAACACCUGCUACCUCAACGCGCCCCUGCAGUGCCUCAUCCACUGCCCCGCCGCGCGCGCCGCGCUCCUGGGGGCGGAGGGCGAGGACGAGCCGCUGGAGCUGCGCGCCCUGGCGACCGCCUGCGCGCGCGGAGUGCCGCCGAGCUUGGCGGAGGGCGACGGCGGCGAGGCGCGCGCGCGCCUCCGCGUGGACCGUUGGUCGCCGCACGCCCUCGUGGAAGCGCUCAUUGCGAAGCACCGCUUCGAGUACAAGCUUGGGAGGUGCGCGGACGCGAGCGGGGCGCUGUUGGACAUGAUACAAGACGCGCCAAGUCUUCACAGUCUGUUCCACAUCACCUCAUCCAACGGCGAUGAGGAGGUCGCGAUGCGUCUCCCGUAUUUCGUUGACGGAGCACACGACGGCGACGACGCCAUAUCUCCUCAGGAGUUCAUGAGCAUCGCCCAGGGCACGCAGAAACUCAACAUGCGAGAGCUGAUACGUCGCGGCACUUCCAUGAGGGCACUGGCAACCAAGCCGGCGGUGCUGGCCGUCUACGUGGAUCCGAGAUGGGGGCGUGGCGGCACGUUGUUCUACAUGAGCGGCAUCGGCAUUCUCCCCGACUGGGGUGACGUGCCCGAGGUGGCUCUGCAG